AUGUCGGAUUUGAACACAAACAGUAACAGCAGCAAGGGCCAUACGGUCGCGCGGGCGGAACAGGACGCCCUCAUAUCGAAGUCUAUUGAGUUGGGGGACACAGCGGCGGUGGACGCGCUGCGAGGCAGUAUAUCGCGGCCGGGGACGCCGCGAGAGGUCAAGUCGGCGGCCGUGGAUGUAGACGUGGAUGUGGACUCUGCGACGCCCUCUGCGUCCGCUACUCCCUCCGCGCCUGUGGGCAACAGGGUGGAAAAGUCCCGUAACAGGACUAAGAAGAGGUCUGUGAAGAGGCGCAAGGCGGUGUGUUACUUCGAGGGCUGCGAGAACGCGCCCUCGAAGUUCAUAGGCGACUGUGACUUCUGUCAGGGACACUUCUGCUCCUCGCACCGGCUCAUGGAGACGCACGAGUGUGCUGGACUAGACACAUGCAAGAAGAGAAUGCACGACCGCAACGCAGACAAGCUUUCCAAGGAACAGACUGUCGUCCAGCAGAUCCAAAUAUAA